AUGAAGAAAGUUGAAAAUGAGAGCUCUCCAAAUAAAGGGUCUCCAUCAUCUUCUCUUGAUAUAAGAGUUACUCAGAGAGGUGUAGCUGGUAGUUUGCAAGAAAAAAACAUGAAAUCAGCCACUGUUAGGCCUUAUGUUCGAUCGAAAAUGCCCAGGCUUCGCUGGGCACCUGAUCUUCAUCACUGCUUUGUGCAUGCAGUUGAAAGGCUCGGUGGAGAAGACCGGGCCACCCCAAAGAUGGUUUUGCAAAUCAUGGAUGUGAAGGGCCUUACCAUAUCUCACGUAAAGAGCCAUCUUCAGAUGUACAGGAGCAUGAAGCAUGAGCAGAUGACACAAGAAGCGGCUAUGGAAGCAAAGAAGAAUGGUAAGGAGCCUGAGAUUCAUCAUUCAAAUUAUUUGACGCAUACAAUGUGCUGCCAACAGAAUCGUCAGUUAAAUGGCAAGCGAUUGGUCAAUAACAAUGCACUUCUCCAUCAAGGCCGUGGAGCUCACAAUCCUGCUAAUGGGUUUGCCCUAAGAAAUGCUAGCUUCUUGACAUCUCAAAGGGAAGGGCUGUGGAUUGGAAAGAAAGUGAAUGAACCAUUCUUACAUGAAGAAAAAACAAGCAAGGAGUGGGAGCAGAAACCUGAUAAUUACAUUAUCUUCAAGGAUCUACUCAAGAGCUGCAAUGGCACAGAGACAAAUGACCAAGAUAAGACGUCGGCAGGGGCCACGGGUUGCAAUAAAAGUAAUCAAAGUUUAGAAGAAUUAGACGAGAUUGCACAGAGAAUAGAUGGUGACAGGAUGACUUUAUCCCUAAAAUCAAAAGUUUCCGAGUCUUUUUUGAAGCUGGGCAAAGCAAAGGAUAGUUCAGAUGUGAAUGAUGUUUCUCUUGAGCUCACCCUUGCUUGA